UUUGAUUGAUAACAAAUAUCAAAAAUUGGUAGUGUUUAUAUUUAAAUAAUUCAUGAAAUUGUUCAAGGAAUAUAAUAUUCAAGAGGCUUAUUAAUUAGAUAAGUACUUACUUUGUAUUUGUAAGUAUGGGUCCACCACCUGUAGUUACUGGUAUUUCUCCAAAAGAAGGACCUCCAGGAACUAGAGUGACUAUUAGGGGGGAGUUUUUAGGUACUACUGCUACAGAUUUAAUAGGAUUGAAGAUUUGUGGAUGCGAGUGCCUGCUUUCAGCAGAAUGGAAAAGUAAAAAUAAGAUAGUAGCAAGAUCUGGUCCCUGUAAGGGUCGUGGUGAUAUAAUAGUUACCACCAAGUCUGGUGGAGAGGGAACAUCCACUGUCCAGUUUAGAGGGUACCACGAAUCAAUAGGUCCAGUAAAGGAAAGUGCAGUAUGGGUAGAAGAAGCAGCUCCCCCGUCUUUACCUUGGGGAAGGAGACCAAUGUCACCCACAGCAUACACCCCUCCUGACCCACUUGGCCUAUCAACCGAAGGGGAUGAUUGUAAAUUUCCAGAGGAAGAGCUGCAUGAGCUAUUUCCAGACAGUUCAGGAAAACUUUGUGAUGAAAAUUUUCAACCGGGCUGGUAUCUUCUUGAACAUCACAGUAAUACAUCUUUUGAGGAUUUAAAAGCAGGGAUGGUGUUCUUGCAGAGAAAGGUUGAAGGUCAAAAAGAAGGGCAGCUAAGCUUCCUUAAGGCCAACACUGGAGCAGUUAUGGAUCAAUUAGAUAGACUUGUUUUGUUGAAGAAUAUGUAUGAAGACGAUCAAAGAAAAAAUGGCAAGGAACCUUUGCCCAGCUUACAAGCAGCAAUUGAAGAAUCAAUAACUCUCGCUGAUUCUCUGUUCUCUGAGAUUCUGUCGCGUAAGGAGAACGCUGAUAAGACUCGUGAGGCACUAUCCCUUCUCACGAGACAUAAGUUCCUCUUCCAAUUGCCGGCGUCUAUCGACAAGAACAUACGGAAGAAGGAAUACGACUUGGUAGUUAAUGACUAUACGAGGGUGAAAAAUUUAUUCGGUAAUACUGAUGUUAAGCUUUUUCAAAAAAUACUCGAUGAAAUUGAUAAGAAAAUAGAAGAUUUGAAAGAGAACUUACACACCAGAAUGAAAACAAUGCCCAUAAAUGUCCAAGAGCAAACCAAAUAUAUCAGAUUACUGAUAAGCUUGAACUGGGAGGGCGACGCCGCUUGGAUCGCAAUCACCACUCGCAAGGAUUAUCUCAUGAACCUACUGAAUAAAGUAAAGGACCACUUCAAACAGAAGGAAGAACAGGAAUUGGGAGACAAGAGCAGACGCAAGGCGAAGGAGGGCGAGGGCGAGGGCUCGUGGAGCGCGGUGCGCGCGGGCGCGUGCGCGGCGGCGUGCGGCGCGCUGGCGGCCGAGCUGCACGCGCUGUGGCCGCUCGCGCGCCGCUACUUCGCGGGGGAGCUGGCCGGCGCGCCCGCCGACCCGCAGCGCCACGCCGACCUCAAGGAGAUGAUAACGUCGGCGGUGCAGCUGUUCUCGACGCACGUGCGCGCGUGCGUGCUGUCGGGCGGCGCGGCGGCGGGCGCCGACACGCUGCGCGCGCGCCUGCUGGCCAACCUGCGCAGCCUGCGGGAGGCCUACGAGUCGCUGCUCAAGCUCGAUCUGCCCUCGCAGCCACUGAGUGUUGUAGAGAAAAUUAUUUUCGACUACCGCGUGCACGGAAUGACUGUGUUCCUGCAGCGAGCGCACAAGAGAGUGAAAGGACUCGUAGAGAAGGAGACUUGGAAGAUCCAGGAGUUUUCCGAAUACGGUGCCAUCACCGAUCUGCCGCAUUUGCUCGAGACAUACUUAAUCGACGCGUUAUCUUCGAUACACAAGUGCGUGUUCACGAGCGGCAGGCGAGAGACGGCGCUGCUGAUCGAAGGAAGUGAACCAUUAAAUAUUCUGCAAAAACACACGCAACAGAUCCUGUUAGCUUUUGUUAGUGUUUUACAAGAGCUCGCCUUACAACACGACGAUCAGGACUUCAACAACACGAGCCUGUCGGUGGCGCUGGACCAGCCGCUGGUGGCGGGCGGCGCGGGCGGCGCGGGGGGCGCGGGCGGCGCGGGCGAGGCGCGCGCGCGCUCGUGGCAGCAGCGCCUGCUCAUCGCCGCCGCCAACGCCGCCUACGCGCGCCGCGUCACCCUGCCGCGCGUCGCCGCCGCCUUCGACAGUUUCGAAUUUCCAACCCCAGUUAUCGCUCUACAAACUACGAAAGAUGCGCUCAGUAAUCUCGAAUCGAGUAUUGCAGAGACGUACCUGGAGCACAAGGGGGACCCGCUCGUGGGCACGAUAGAGCCCAGCAUGUACAUGGGCCGACACAAGAUAGACCCAGAUGCAAUCGUGGACGACGCAAGGCCUUAUGUCUAUGAGAUUAUAAACAACUUGAUUGCUGUUCACGCUGAAGUGGACAGCAUCUGCGGCGCGGCGUGCUCGCGCUACGUGAGCGACAUCUGUGAGACGGUGUGCGAGGAGGUGUCGCGCCUCGUGGCGAGCGCGCCGCCGCCCGCGCGCGCACCCGCCUUCCGCGCGCGCCUCGAGGCCACGCUGCUGCGCCUCGCCACCGCCGCGCAUCUCACGCGGAAGGCCGAAAAUUAUCUCGCCGAGACUAUAGCUAGUAUUCCACCUCUAGAAACUGAAGAAGAAAAAAAACGCAUGGACACGUUAAUACAAGAUUUUAAAAAGCGAAUGGAACUACAACUGGCCAGUCUCAACUGCAACAUGGAAACUGUUUAAAGUAAGCUAUUUUAUUAAGCACGCUAUUUAUGUUUUUUUUAGAAAUGUUAUCAUAUAUCAGUA